GAACAGUAGUCAUUUCUAAUUCCUUCUCUGGAGUGAGCGCAUAUCUAAACCCAUCAAAGUAUCCAGUUUUUUAAAUAAGUUGGCAUCUUUUUUAUUCCUAGAUUGUAUUAUAACUUUACUGCGUUUUAUGGCCUCCAAUCUGAAUUGAUAUUUUUUUUAAAAUCUAAUCGCUCAUUUCUAAAGAUGUCUUCAAAUAACUUCUUCACCAAAGUCAAUGCAUGCCCUCUAUUCAUGAGACGGGAAAGCCAAGCAAUUGUAGCUGAUGAUUGACAUCAGAAUGGACGAAUUAGAAGACCGUUUUCGCGGAAGGGGACGGGUCCAGUCAUCCAGGGCCGUGAUAGAUCGGGAGUCAACGUGAGCUUCGAAGCAACACGUCGGUGUUUUCAUUCAGUUUGAACAUCUCAGGAAUUGUUCUCCAAGGAGGGCGGUUUUGGACUUCUGAGCUCCGGGCACUGUGACCCUGCACGCGGGCGCUUCUCUCCAUUCUCCGUAGCUCGCAGCGCAAUCGCUUUAUUUACGUUUCAGGGCAACUAGUGCUGUGUUUAUGUCUUUGUUUGACGAAGUCGGUGAAUACCUGGACGACAGGAGCGCCGGAUGGGAAAGAGCUGUUGCAGAGCAGUGGGAAGCCGUUUUGGGGAAACUUAGCCUACGAGUGAGGGACCUACAGCCUCGGUGGCAAGACCCUUUUCAUGUCAGAGACCGAGUGCUGGUGCAGUCGUUUAUGUCCUCUGCCCUGGUGCACACAGGAGACACCAAAAAGCUGCAGCUCGAGUUCUUGUCUUGCUGAUAGAUCUCGCAAAAAGUCAAAAUGUCUGUCAACGUGAACCGCAGUGUGUCAGACCAAUUCUACCGGUAUAAGAUGCCCCGUCUGAUUGCUAAGGUGGAGGGCAAAGGAAAUGGCAUUAAGACGGUCAUAGUCAACAUGGUCGACAUCGCAAAGGCAUUGAACAGGCCUCCAACAUAUCCUACCAAGUUCUUUGGCUGUGAGCUGGGCGCCCAGACUCAGUUUGACACAAAGAAUGACCGUUACAUUGUUAAUGGGUCUCAUGAGGCGAACAAGCUGCAGGACAUGCUGGAUGGAUUUAUCCGCAGAUUUGUUCUGUGCCCGGAGUGCGACAAUCCUGAAACUGAUCUGCAUAUCAACCCAAAGAAGCAGACCAUUGGCAUCUCCUGCAAGGCCUGUGGCUACCGUGGUAUGCUGGACACAAGGCAUAAGCUCUGCACAUUUGUCCUGAAGAAUCCACCUGAGAGCGACACUGGAUCUGUCAAAAAAGAGAAGGAGAAAAAGAACCGCAAAAAGGACCAGGAGAGCUCCAAUGGUGGCGACACAGGAAAUAAUGAGAUUGAUGCCCCAGAUGUGGUGGAUGGAGAUGAUGAUGAUGAUGAUGAUGACUGGGCUGAAGAGACCACAGAGGAGGCACAGCGGCGUAGGAUGGAAGAGAUCAGCAGUCAUGCCAAGAACCUGACCCUAAGUGAUGAUCUGGACAAGACUUUGGAGGAACGAGUUAAUUUGUUCUACAACUUUGUCAAGCAAAAGAAGGACAGUGGUACUAUUGGUUCUGCCGAUAAGGAAAUCCUGGUGGAGGCUGAGCGCCUGGAUGUGAAGGCAAUGGGCCCACUGAUCCUGAGUGAGCUGCUCUUUGAUGAGAACAUCCGUGACCAGAUCAAGAUGUACAAGCGCCACUUCCUGAGGUUCUGUCAUGACAAGAAGGCUCAGAAGUACCUGCUGGGUGGCUUUGAGUGUGUGGUAAAGCUGCACCAGGCCCAGCUGCUGCCACACAUUACCAUCCUGCUGAAGGACAUGUAUGACGCCGACCUGCUGGCUGAAGAUGUCAUCUUGGCCUGGGCCGAAAAGGUAUUUGGCUCGUGUGAUAUUCCUGUUCUUUGGUUCCAAAUGACUGCUCCC